CAAUCGCGCACAAUAAUCAGCUGUCGAUUUUUAUUGCAAUAAUUUAUUAUGAACACAAUGCGCGCUAACAAAUGAACAGAACUGUCUUCCGCUAAGAAGCAAUCACGGUGGUGAUCUCGGGUUUGUGCGGCGCGGGGCCAUGGCGCGGAGCGGGGUCGGCGAGUGAGCGCGCUGGUGGCGGGCGAGGCCCGAGCGCCGCGGGUGCGGGUGCGGGUGCGGCUGCGGGUGCGGGCCCGGCAUGUGGAGGCAUGGCCGAGGCGGCGGCGGGCACGUCGCGCGGGCUCCGCGUCUACAAGAUCGUGGUGCUGGGCGACGGCGGCGUGGGCAAGUCCGCCGUCACUCUGCAGUUCGUAAGCCACAGCUUCCUGGACUACCACGACCCCACUAUAGAGGAUUCAUAUCAGCAGCAAGCUGUUAUUGACGGGGAGCCAGCCUUGUUGGACAUUUUGGACACAGCGGGACAGGUGGAAUUCACAGCGAUGCGGGAGCAGUACAUGCGGUGUGGUGAAGGCUUUGUGCUUUGCUACUCUGUAACAGACCGGCGGUCCUUUAGGGCUGCAGCCGAGUACCGCCGGCUGCUUGCACAGGCCCGUCCUACAGAGCGCCUGCCCCUUGUGCUUGUUGGGAAUAAGCUAGACUUGGCUCCAAGGUGUAGACAGGUGACAACUGAAGAAGGCUCAGCUUUGGCCACACAGCUUGGAUGUCCAUUCUUUGAGACGUCGGCCGCGCUGAGGCAUUUCGUCGAUGAUGCGUUUCACGCGCUCGUGCGUGAGAUACGGCGGCUGGAGCGACAGAGACAGUCCUCACUAAUGGGCACCGGCAUAUCGACGGGCGGCGGCCGCCGGCGCUGGCGGCGCCUGCGCAGCAUCUUCGCGCUCGUGUUCCGCCGCAGGCGCCGCGACCCCUGAACGUAAGCCUUAACACAACCCCUGUAGGUUCAGUAUACAUUGACAGGCCGUGGCGGUUAUGACGUUUGCUUACUGUGCAAUCAAUGGUAUUCUAAUGAUUAAUAUUGUUUUUUUUUUCAACCACGGAACGUAAGCCUUAACGCAACCCCAAUAGGUUCAGUAUAGAUUGACAGGCCGUGGCGGUUAUGACGUUUCGUUACUGUGCAACCAAUGGUAUUGUGAAAACGAAUGAAUUGAUACUGUUUUGUUUUUGCAAUCCACUAAAUGUAAGCCUUAACACAACCCCUAAAGGUUCAAAUUAGAGUGGCGAUUACGUCGUCUGGUUAGGGCCUCCUCAAACCUAUUGACGCGGCAUCUACCAAAAAUCGCUAGGUUUGGGGAAACCCUUACCGAGUAUUAUGAAGUGAUAUUUAUUUUUGUUUUAGACCAUCUGAAUGGAAGUCUUAACGCAACCGCAUUAGGUUCAGAUUAUAUUGAGAGCAGUGGCAGUUAUGACGUUUGGUUACUGCGUGAACCAAUGAUAUUGUAAUACAUAUUUUUUUUUAUUAAAAAAAUAAAAUGAGCAUUUGACUUAACCUUUUCCAGGUUGUCUAUUGUUUGCCCGACAGUCAUUUAAGA